AUGAAUUCAGGGAAGUCCUUGCCUGAGAAACGGAGCAGCGACAAUGAGAGAGCCUAUGCUUCCACUGGCACAAGACAGCCGCCUCGAAUCCUCGUGGUGGAUGUUACACCUCCCUUUUGGUCAGACAUUUGCACUUGCAUCUGUGAAGCCCUGGAAAAUUUCUUUGCGUUGGCUUGCAGUUUGGGAGGACCGCCUCGGCUCCCACUGCUCAGUUUGUAUGUGGUCCAUAAUCAGCAAGAAUGCCUUCUUCCUUUUGUGCAAGUGAAAGGGAACUUUCCCAGGCUCCACUCCUGUGUCACUGAGCUAAGAUCCAUGCCAAAAGAGGGCUGUUUACGCCAAAAGCCAGACUCUCUAAAACACGCCGUAGAGGAUGGUCUCCUGCAGUUUAAGCAGUACAUGAGGCAUUUGACGGUGGGAGGAUCUCUCAACAACUGUUCAGUGGAGAUUACCGUACUGACCAGUCAACCAGGAAAACGAGUGGUGAAGGAGCUGGAGUCAGGGCUGAAUGAAACAGACAUGGUUAGCCUCAGGCGGUUGCAGGUCCUCCAGAUCUCGAAGUGUAAUCCAAUGGAAUUGAUGGACAUGGAGUCAAGCACAGCCCUCAGCAGCGAAGACAAUAAUCCUGAAGAGUGCUCCAUCCUGGGGACAGACAUUGAUCUCCAGAAGAUUGAGAACGACACUAUCAGUCUGGAGAGUUUUUUCAAGGGCUGGUUACACAACCACGGGACAGAUAGGGAGCAUCUCCAUUUACUACUUCCAGCAGGGCGUCUCUCAAAUUCUACACAAAAGAGUAAGUUUGCGCGCAUUGCCUGCCUGAAAUGUGAUGUCCAAGAACGACUCAUCAGUCCUGCCCUGCUUCCAGGAACAACUGACUUUGUGGGGAAAACUGAGGGCCUCAGAGAUUGUCAGAACCCAAAUAAAGCAGUGAACCCGGGAUUGCUGCAGCACAAGCUUCAAGUUGUUAAAGCUCUGAAGUCUGAUGGGGUCUGUGAAUCAGUAUUUUAUGGACUCCCCCUUGUAAUUAGACCCACAAACUGCUGGAAGCUGGACUGGGAUGAACUGGAGACAAACCAUCAUAACUUCCAUGCACUCUGCCACACACUGGAGAAAAGAAGCUUCAUGCUUUUAGCUCGUUCUGAGCCACAGGUCACAGGAUCCAAUUGUACUGUCCACGUCUACUCUUACUACAUCUUACUGCCCUCCAGCACACUGACACUUCUGGUCAAGCCUAUUGCUGUCCGUGAGCUACUUUUACCAUGCGAGCUUCCCUACAGGUCAGAAGCACCACCUGAGACAGCACUGAGCAAAGUGGAGGAUAUCCUGGAUGGAUUAGAGGUGGAGCCCACAUAUAACCCACUGGCUGUGAAAAGCAACCUUUACAAGUACCUGCGAGGGACUUUAGCCAGAACGCCUUAUCGUCCACAGUGCAAGCAAGUUCAGCGCAAGGAGCAUCACCCUGCCGAACAUCCCAAGACACAGCAACAUUUCAGGCAGUACCAGAGUAAAAUGAAAGCCACCGUGGCUCCUCUCCCAAUGAUUCGCCACUCCACAAACCAAGCCAAGAGUUUCAGGCCUGCUCUUCCUAUGAAUAGCUGCUCAUACAGUAUGUCCUUGCUCUCAGACGAUGAUGAGUUUCUCUCAGGCCUGUGA